CGCUGAAGCGGCUUACGGCGGAGCGGCGGGCGCGCGGAGCUGUCUGGCUGCUCGUCCCCGGCGGUUUUCCGCGUUGCUUUGCAGCGCGUUUGUGAUGGCGGCAGCGGUGACUGUGACGGCGGCGGCGGGGGCCGUGGCUGAGGAAAGCACGAGUGUGGCCACGAUGGCAAUGUCAGUUCUCGACAGCACGGGCGGGUCUCCCGGGGCCGAAGGAGAAGGCGUGGGAGCGGCGGGCGAAGAGAAGGACGCAGCCCCUAAAGGAGCGGAGGUCGUGGGGGAUAGCGAGGAGGAUGGGGACGACGUGUUCGAGGUGGAGAAGAUCCUGGACAUGAAGUGCGAGGGAGGUAAGAACCUUUAUAAAGUCCGAUGGAAAGGAUAUACGUCUGAUGAUGAUACCUGGGAGCCUGAGAUUCAUCUGGAGGACUGUAAAGAAGUUCUUCUUGAAUUUAAGAAUAAACUUGCUGAGAACAAGGCUAAAGCAGUCAAGAAAGAUAUUCAGAGACUGUCUUUAAGCAGUGAGAUAUUUGAGGCAAACAGUGACAGUGACCAGCAAAGUGACACGAAAGAAGAUGCUUCACCGAGGAAGAAAAAGAAAAAAGUAAAGUGCAAAGAAGAGAAAAGUCCAGAUGAUUUGAAAAAAAAAAAAGCAAAACUGGGAAAAUUAAAAGAUAAGUUCAAAUCAGAGCUGGAGAACACCUCUGAAAACUUAGGUUUUGAUGUAAGGACAAAGAAAAGAAUUUUGGAGGUCAAGGAAGAAUUAAAGGACUCCAAAAAGUCAAAAAAGGAUGACUUAAAGAAAACUAAAAGGGCUGAAAUACGAGAUUUGAAGUUUAAAAUACGAGAAGAUGUCAAAGAGAACCGCAAAACAAAGAAGGAAAGGUCUGUUGAAUCUACACUGGAGUCUGAGUCACCUGUACCUUAUGAGUCCCUCUGUCCAGUGGAUGACGGGGAAGACUGGCUUUCUGCAAACAGAGAAGAGAAUCAAAAGAUAAAAACUGUAAAAGAUAAGACAGGACUGGAUACAGUGCAAGAGGGUAUUUUUGAGAAACAACUGGAUGGCCUUGUAAGUACAGAAGAAGAUGCUGGUGCCCGAGUUAGAAGGAAGAAGAAAAAGCCAAGGAAGUUUGAGGAACUACAAGAAAUCAAGAAGCUAGAGAACUUGAAUACAUUUUUAGAAAGGAAAAUGAUACCUAAAAAGCAAAGACAUCAAGACAAGGGCAGAAGUAACCUAGAGUUAAGUAAGUUACCGUCAUCUAUAUCUGCCCAGGCCCUGAAGGGUUCCAGACUGAGUGGGGAAGAGAAGGGCCUCAGGUCCUCUGACUCAGCAGAGGAGGAGCCCCAAAAAAAUGAACCCAAAGAAAAAAACCAGAAAAGGUAUGAUUUGGACAAAGAAGAAAAAUACCGAAAAGAGCUAAAGGGCAUAAAAUCAUUUAAGGAAAUCAGAAGUGCAUUCGAUUUAUUUAAAAAAACAGAAGACAAAAACGAUGUUGAGAAUAAUUGGAAAAGAGAAGAAAUACCGUUGGAUUAUAAAACUACGGAUGAUCAUAAAACCAAGGACAAGUGUUUACUUAAAGAAAGAAGAAAUACUAGAGAUGAGACCGACACUUGGGCAUACAUUGCUGCAGAAGGGGAUCAGGAAGUUUCAGACAGUGUAUGCCAAACGGAUGAGAAUUCUGAUGGCAGGCAACAGAUUUUGAGUUUGGGUAUGGACCUGCAGUUGGAGUGGAUGAAAUUAGAAGAUUUUCAAAAGCACCUUAAUGGGGAAGAUGAGACUUUUACCACAACAAAUAUGAUUCCAAGUAAUUUGUUGAGGGAUGCUGUGAAAAAUGGAGAUUAUAUUGCUGUGAAGGUUGCACUGAACUCAAAUGAGGAAUACAACUUGGAUCAAGAGGAUUCUAGCGGGAUGACCCUGCUGAUGUUGGCUGCAGCAGGAGGACAGGACGACCUGCUGAGGCUCCUUAUCACCAAAGGUGCAAAAGUGAAUGGGCGCCAGAAAAACGGGACUACAGCCCUCAUUCAUGCUGCUGAGAAGAAUUUUUUAACCACUGUGGCUAUUCUUUUGGAAGCUGGAGCUUUUGUAAAUGUCCAGCAAAGCAAUGGAGAGACUGCGCUCAUGAAAGCAUGUAAAAGAGGAAAUUCAGACAUUGUGCGCCUGGUGAUUGAAUGUGGAGCUGACUGCAAUAUUUUGUCAAAGCACCAAAAUAGUGCAUUGUACUUUGCAAAACAGUGUAACAAUGUGCUUGUGUACGAACUGCUGAAGAGCCAUUUGGAAACUCUUUCAAGAGUUGCAGAAGAAACAAUCAGAGAUUACUUUGAAUCUCGCCUUACUUUGUUGGAAGCUGUUUUCCCAAUAGCUUGUCAUCGACUCUGCGAGGGACCAGAUUUCUCAACAGAUUUCAAUUACAAGCCUCCUCAAAACAUACCAGAAGGCUCUGGUGUCCUGCUCUUUAUUUUCCAUGCAAACUUUUUGGGUAAAGACGUUAUUGCUCGGCUCUGUGGACCAUGCAGCGUACAAGCUGUAGUUUUAAAUGAUAAAUUUCAACUUCCUGUUUUUCUGGAUAGUCACUUUGUUUACUCGUUCAGCCCUGUCGCCGGCCCCAAUAAGUUGUUUAUAAGGUUGACGGAAUCACCCUUUGCCAAGGUCAAGUUGUUAAUAGGUGCAUACAGAGUGCAGCUGCACUGACCUGAGGACUGAGACCAGAUCUGUCUUUGAAACAGUGUGGAAUCCUGGCGCAUCUGAAAUGUUCAAAUAUAGUUUCCCCUAUAAACUUGCAAUUUAGGCCUGUUUGUUGCCUGGUAAGGACAACAGGGCCUUUAUAAAUACAUAGUCUAUAUGUGUUUGUGCCAUUGUUCGAAUGUUCGAUGUUCUGCAUAGUUUAUUUCCACAGUGUGGAACAGUACAUAUGAGAACUAUUUAAUUAAAAGCUUUUGAACUUGAAA